AGAAAACGUGUUACGAUGUCUCACUACAAUUUCAAGAAGAUUACUGUGGUUCCAACGUCAAAGGACUUUAUAGACAUAGUAUUGUCCAAGACCCAGAGAAAGACCCCAACAGUCAUCCAUAAACAGUAUGCCAUCUCCAGGAUACGACAUUUUUACAUGCGUAAAGUGAAGUUUACGCAGCAGAACUAUCACGACAAGCUAACACAGAUCAUCACAGACUUCCCCAAGUUGGAGGAUAUCCAUCCUUUCUAUGCAGACCUCCUAAAUGUGCUGUAUGAUAAAGAUCAUUACAAGCUGGCACUGGGUCAGAUCAACACUGCCAGGCAUCUCAUAGACAAUGUGGCCAAGGAUUACACAAGGCUUCUGAAAUAUGGGGAUUCUUUGUACAGGUGUAAACAGCUGAAGAAGGCAGCACUGGGCAGGAUGUGCACAGUGAUGAAGAGACAAGGCCAGAGUUUGGCUUAUCUUGAGCAAGUCAGACAACAUCUGUCAAGGCUGCCAUCUAUAGACCCCAACACAAGGACUCUACUCAUAUGCGGCUUUCCAAAUGUGGGGAAGUCCAGUUUUAUAAACAAGAUCACAAGAGCAGAUGUAGAAGUCCAGCCCUAUGCCUUUACAACCAAGUCCCUGUUUGUUGGCCACAUGGAUUAUAAGUACCUGAGGUGGCAGGUGGUCGAUACCCCAGGGAUUUUAGACCACCCCCUGGAGGAGAGGAACACUAUUGAGAUGCAGGCCAUCACAGCCCUGGCUCACCUCAGAGCAGCCGUGCUCUACAUCAUGGAUGUAUCUGAACAGUGCGGACACACAGUAGAACAACAGAUUGAACUGUUCAACACCAUCAAGCCGCUCUUUGCCAAUAAACCUCUGGUUGUCUGUGUCAACAAGAUCGAUGUGCUCAAAUUAUCCGAGCUGGAUGAAGAUAGAAAGAAAUUAUUUGAGGAGUUUGAGACAGAUGACAUCCCAGUGUAUGAGAUGAGCACAGUGACAGAGGAGGGGGUCAUGAAGGUGAAAACUGAGGCAUGUGAUCGUCUUCUUGCACAAAGAGUGGAGGUUAAAAUGAAGGGUAGGAAGGUGAAUGAUGUUAUUAAUAGGUUACAUGUGGCAACACCUGUGCAGAGAGACACCAAGGCCAGACCUCCAUGUAUCCCUGAGAGUGUUCUCAAGAAGAGACAAGCUAUGGAAGUAGAGCAAGAGAAGAAAAAACUGGAAAGAGACAUAGAACUAGAGAUGGGAGAUGACUAUGUCCUGGACUUACAAAAGCAUUGGGACCUUGACAAGCCAGAAGAAAAAUAUGACGUUAUACCAGAGAUUUGGGAAGGGAAAAACAUAGCUGAUUUUAUUGAUCCAGACAUAUUGAAGAAACUGGAUGAAUUGGAAAAGGAAGAAGAGUUGCGUGAAAAGGCGGGUGCUUAUGACUCUGAUGAGAGUUUGGAGGAUGAGGAAAUGAAGGACAUUCGAGCCACAGCAAAGAAGAUCAGAGAAACCAAGAAGAUCAUGAUAAUGGAGAAGAGGGAGAAGAAGACCAUCCAGAAACCGCGUCUGCCGCGCACUGCCAUCAGACGACAGAAGAAAGACCUGGAAAGUCAGAUGGCAGACAUGGGAGUGGACAUGGCUGAUGAUGAGGGCCAUUAUGCUAAUGUGAGGACUCGUAGUGUCAGUCGUAAACCGUUGAAGAGGAAGCAUGAGGAGACGCUGAGUCACACUAGGAGUGCCUCCAGACCUCCUCGCGAUCAGUCUGGAGUGAGAGACGGAGUGAUGAUGAAGAAGGUCAAGGUGCUGGCAAAGAAAUCCCAGAGGAAGAUGAACAAGUUUGGCAAGGCAGGCGAGAGUGACAGACACAUAGCUGUGGCAAAACCAAGGCAUCUGUUUGCAGGAAAAAGAGGAACUGGCAAGACGGAUAGGAGAUAAAACGUGUUUGUGGAAGAGUAGACAAUCCUGUUGAUGAAGGAUCAUUGAAAUAACAGAAGAGAGUGGGUGAUAGGGGUGGUGGUGCUCUCUCACAUCUUUUCUUCUCACUACAUGUAGUGCCAAUGUACAAGUUCCAGAGUGGAAAAGACCGUCACUUGUUUAAAAAAAGUCCACGCAGAUCAUUCUGUUCCCCUGGUCAUCAAAUGUUCAUCCUGAAGACAACGUGGAAUCUUCUAAUGUUAGGUGGAAAGUCUGUAAAAUAUGGUCAUAGCCACAAGUCAAUUCAUUAGCAGCAAUACUCUGAACCUCCCUGGGAAUGCAAGAGUUCAGAGAGAGGCGCUGUCAGACUCAUCAGACUGUACUUUCAAUGUGGUGCCCUCUUGUGGUGAACUGCAGAUAUUUCAAUGUA